UUUGCAGCGGCGCCAGUUUAGGCCGUCUCCUGCAAGGUAGCGCGGCUCCUCUUCCAGCCCUCUCGGUUCCCCUCUCCGCCAGCCACACAGCGCCGACCAUGGCCCAAGACCUGUCUGCGUCCGCCGCUGCUGCGUCUCUGCCGUCUCCGCCGCUCUCGGACCAAGAACACCCGUCGCUGCCCCGGAGCUACGUCGGGACGUGCUACAACACCGUCCUAACACACAGCACAAUCGGGCCGCGGGCCGGUGCAAGUGACACCAAGGACAUGACAAAUUCACUGCACGGGUCCCUGUACUACUGCAUCAAAAACAGAAGAGUGAAGCCAGCAGUCUGUUAUUUAAACGAGAAGCCCAUAUUGUAUGUGAAUUCUCAUGGAUACUAUUCUCAUAAAUGCGAAUUAGAAGACCAUUAUAGUGUCUAUGAGGACAGCGACAUGCUCUGCAUCUCUGUGCGGACAACAGGGGAUGGUGGGACCUACACUGUACAUACUGAUAGAAAAACAUCCACCUUCAAACACCAGAAAUCCAAGGAGCUGGCAGAGCCCACGGAGACCUGCAGACCCCAGAACUGCUCACACGAGUCCUGCAGCUGCUGCGUGAUCUCCACCAUGGCUCAGGGAGAAGAUCGGGUGGAGAGCCCCAUGCUGCAGGUGAAGGAAUCAUCCUGGAAGGAGCUGGAGCUGCUGAACUGUGUGGGAGAGAACCUGGUCAGCAAUGAGAGUGUCACCAUCACCACCCCCAGGGUGCUCCACAGCGGUGAGAGCUGGGCACAGGCAGGGGAAAGGUGGGCUGGGCUGAUGCCAAUCCUCUGAGGAACACAGGAGUGUUGGGGUUGGGGUGGGCUGAUCCUGAUCCCCUGAGGAACAUGGGAAUGUUAGGGUUGGGAUGGGAUGGGAAAGUUGGGGUUGGGAUGGGCUGACCUCACUUGCGGUGAGUGCCAUGGAAAGGUGAAGGGAAAGGUGAAAUGGGCUGAUCCCAAUGCCCUGGAGCAGGAAAAGCUGGGAUUUGGGGUUGGGAUGGGCUGAUCCUGAUUGCCUGGGAGCAGGAAAAGCUGGGAUUUGGGGAUGGGAUGGGCUGAUCCCACUCUCCAGGCUCUGGCUCUCCCUGGAGCGGUGGCUCAGAUGCAGAGGGAAGCUCUGACCCGUGUCCCUUUCUCUCUCCUCACCAGCAAACGCCAU